CGUGUACAUUUGAACUAAACAUAACGUUUUCUAAGGUAGUACUGCAGCAAGCACAAGUUAUUCUUGUUUCACUUAACAAAAAAAGGUCUGCUUUAUACCUUUGAGCCCGGUACUGUCUGAAGUUUAAUAGUUAAAUAUAGUCAUUAUUGUGAAUUAUAAUACUUAUAAGUGUCGUUCACUUUUAUUUCAAACAAAAUAUUUCAUGAUUAAUGAUGUGGUGACAAGACGUGUCAGUAAAAUAUCUCUAGCCGACCUCAGCACCCAAACGACCCCAGCAGGGUAAUAGCCGACACCCUAAAGCCCCUUUCUCAGACAGACAACCGCUGUACACCAUUGGCCAGUCUGGACGAGGAAAAAAAAUCCUGGUUUUCCAGUUUCUGGUGCUCUCCCUAUUUUUCCUGAUAAGAUUAGGGAGAGUCUGGAAGUAAUCUCGGUGAUCCAGUUUACUUGUACGCCUUUGAUUUAUUUAUGAGUUGCGCCUGCAGGUGCCAAAGACUAUACCGUGUGUUUUGUUUCUAAAGUUUAAUCUUUUUUUUCUUUUUCUGGUCCAGAGUACACGUAUCGGGCUGCGUGCUUUCGUUAUAAUUACAUUUUGCUUCAAAUAUGACUUCAAAAUACUACUUUGCGAUGUCCUGAAUGAAAAUAAAGGAUGGGGAUUGUUGCAGUUUAGUUGUCUUUGAUAAAGAAGUCUUUGUACUUUCUCUCUAACCGCGUUUGAAGCACUUAUUCAGAGACUUUGCAGACAGACGCUCUUGGGCAACUGAGCGUUUGGUCGGGUGGCAUCAUGGCGGCACAGCGGGGGCUCAGAGAUCUCAGCGUGCUGCUGGGGUGGAUACUGCUGCAGACGAUCGGCGGCAGGGUGUACUCAGACCCAUCGAAACAAUCCAACAAGUUGUGCACGUUUCAGGAGAAGAGGUACAGACUGGGAGAGCGGUGGCACCCGUACUUGGAGCCGUAUGGAUAUGUGUAUUGCGUUAGCUGUCUUUGCACCGAGGGGGGUAACGUGCUAUGUAACCGUGUAAGGUGCCCCCCCGUGAAGUGCACCAGCCCCGUGCCGAUGCCGCAGCAGUGCUGCCACCGGUGCCCAGAGGUGCCCCCGCCACCCCCAGCCGCCCACAGCGCAGGGAUGCCCUGUGUCUAUAAAGGCAUGCAGUACCAGAACGGGGAUGUCUUUGUAGCGGAGGGUCUCUUCCCUAGUCGCCAUGCCAACCAGUGUUCCCAGUGCAGCUGCUCUGAAGGCAAAGUUUACUGCCGGCUGCGCACCUGUCCCACACUGACCUGCCCAUCCCCCGCGUCUGUCCCAGAGUCCUGCUGCCAGGUUUGUAAAGAAUCCGACGACAGAGAUGCAUCGUGGGACCAGGGCGAAGUGGAGAGCCCCCGACAGCCGGCAAACAGAGGGGCGAGGCACUCGUACCAGCGCACACAGUACGACCUGCUGCCCUUCCGCUCCCUGGCUGCAGCCCCCCAGCAGCCCAGCUUCCGCUCCCACCGGCAGCUUCUGACUGACCAGAACCGGGCGGCCGGCACCACAAUGCAGAUCGUCAUCGACAAGCGUGAGCAGCAGAGCUGGGUAUGUGUCUCCAACGGUAAGACCUACUCCCACGGCGAGUCCUGGCACCCUGUCCUUCGCUCCUUCGGUGUUAUGGAGUGCGUCCUCUGCACGUGCAACGUCACCAGGCAGGAAUGCAAGAAGAUCCACUGCCCUGAGCAUUACCCCUGCAAAUACCCCCAGAAGGUUGAGGGCAGGUGCUGCAAGGUUUGUCAAGCAGAGGAGCUGGCUUUGAAGAACGAGGACAGCAGGGAGUAUUUCUGUGGGGAGGAAACAUGGCCUGUGUAUGAGGCCCUGGAAUCUGUGGAAGAGGACAACAUCAGGACCAUUGCCCUGGAGACAGAGCCACCAGAAGAAGUUGAGCUGCACAUAUGGACCAUUGUUAAAGGCCUCCUCAGAAACUUCCAGAUCAAGAAGGUCCCCAUGAUGGAUUUCAGCAAGCACAGCGAUUUUAAGCCAUUGACAAGGACCACACAGAGCCGGUGGAAGAUCUUCCGCGAAGGGGAGCUCCAGAUCAGCCAGAUGUGUGCGAAGCGGUCCUGUCGCACGGAACUGGAAGACCUGGUACGGGUUCUGUUCCUGGACAAGCCAGAGAAGGGCCACUGCUGAAGAUCGGUAUGAAGCAUUUGGAGGGGAAAGCGACUGCUUUUCAGUCAACACUAAAGCCUCCAAGAAAACCAGUUAUCUCUGAGAGAAUGUGUAUGACCAGUGGUGUAUGACCAGUGGUGUAUGACCAGUGGUGGAAAUUAUUUCGCAGUUGUGUAAUGCAAAGAGUUUCUUAUGCUCCUGUCCGUGUCUUACAGUAAUGGUCGAUUGAGUCAGUGUUUCCCAAUCUGGUCCUCGGGGACGAGGUUGAGUCCCCAAGGACCGGGUUGGGAAACACUGACUUAAGUGAUGUACGCCAAUCACAGUAUCUGAGCAUUAUUCAGUUUAGGUUGCUUUUCUUUUUCAUCACAGUCAAAUAUGCCUUUUAUUUAUUAGGGAUUGUCAGUGAUACUAAGUAAACACUUUUUUUUUAUGAAUGGCAAAGCAAUAUAGUAAUAUAUUUUAUUAAUAUUACUAAAACUAUUUUUUUAGAUUUCGCUCUGUUAUGUAUUUCAGUUAUUCAAAGUCCAAUUGAAAGCCUGAAAAGAAUCAAACGAAGUGACUUUAAAUAUUAUAAGAUAUAAAAUGAUAAAGUACUAUACAAUAUGUAUAAAAUUGUUCUCUUCAGUUAAUAGGCUGUUGCCUGACAUGUUCUAUUUUUCUUCAUGUUAGACUUAUUAGUUCUUAUUUCUUACCCUAAAAAUGGCAUGUCCUUUAUUUUCCAUGAUUAUCCAGCACAUACAGUGUGAACUGUUAUCCAACAAUAAAUGCUACAAGCAUGAAAGCAUCAUACUUUUGCAGAUCUCAAAUAAAUAAAAUGAAAAUUAUCUGUGUUACAAAUAAAUUAGACUAUUAGGUUUGCACACAUUUAGUGGAAUAUCUAUUCAAGAGCUGUUAGCGGGGAUUGAAAAUGUUCUGUUAUUCAUGUCCACCCUACAGCGGACUGCCAUCCCAUCCAGGGUGCUCCCUGUAUUGUUCCCUAUGCUACCUGUAUUGUACCCUGUGCUCCCUGUAUUGUUCCCUGUACUACCUAUAUUGUUCCCUAUGUUACCUGUAUUGUACCCUGUGCUCCCUGUAUUGUUCCCUGUACUACCUGUAUUGUUCCCUUUGCUACCUGUAUUAUACCCUAUGGUCUCCGCCAUAAACUGGGUAAGCACUUCAGAUAUGGAUGGAUGCUUGGUUGGAUGGUUGUGUACCUGAGUAAACAGAGGUCUUCCUGGGCUUCCCGUGUAAUAAACAAGUUCCUCCUGUGUUGGCAUU